GACAAGCCCAAGAGCCCAAGCCCACCUCCGAACACCGCCGCGGCGCCAUCUCCGAACUCCGCUACCCCCGACGUCGCCGCCCAGGACCAGCCGGCCUCCUCAUCCUCCCCUCCGCCCACCCCCAUCGGCCUCGUGCUCGGCCGCCCCAUGCAGGACGUCCACGCCACCUACACCAUCGGCAAAGAGCUCGGACGAGGCCAGUUCGGCGUGACGCACCUCUGCACCCACAAAACCACCGCCGAGCAGUUCGCGUGCAAGACUAUCGCCAAGCGGAAGCUCACCUCCAAGGAGGACGUGGAGGACGUGAGGAGGGAGGUGGAGAUCAUGUACCACCUGGCCGGACAGGCCAACGUCGUGGAGCUGAAGGGGGCGUACGAGGACAAGCACUCGGUGCACCUCGUCAUGGAGUUGUGCGCCGGCGGGGAGCUGUUCGACAGGAUCGUCGCCCAGGGGCACUUCACGGAGUUCGCCGCCGCGUCCCUGUUGAGGACCAUCGUGCAGAUCGUCCACACCUGCCAUUCGAUGGGGGUGAUGCACAGGGACCUCAAGCCUGAGAACUUCCUGUUGCUGAACAAGGAGGAGGACUCCCCCCUUAAGGCUACAGACUUCGGCCUCUCUGUCUUCUUCAAGCAAGGUGAAGUAUUCAGAGAUAUAGUCGGCAGUGCAUACUACAUAGCACCUGAAGUCUUGAAGCGAAAAUACGGACCAGAAGCUGAUAUCUGGAGCAUCGGUGUGAUGCUUUACAUUCUUCUCUGUGGAGUUCCUCCUUUUUGGGCUGAAUCGGAACGUGGCAUCUUCAAUGCCAUCCUACAAGGAGAGAUCGAUUUUGUGAGCGAUCCAUGGCCUAAUAUUUCAUCUGGUGCGAAGGAUCUUGUGAAGCAGAUGCUAAAUUCAGACCCAAAUCAGAGAUUGACAGCAUUCGAUGUUCUGAACCAUCCUUGGAUUAAAGAAGAUGGAGAAGCACCAGACACACCUCUUGAUAACACUGUACUCAACAGGCUCAAACAGUUCCAAGCAAUGAACCAAUUCAAGAAAGCUGCUCUGAAGGUGAUAGCAGGCUGCCUGUCGGAGGAAGAGAUCAAGGGGUUGAAGGAGAUGUUCAAGAACAUGGACUCUGACAAUAGUGGCACCAUAACUCUGGAAGAACUCGAGCAAGGCCUCGCCAAGCAAGGAACAAAGCUCUCCGAACAUGAAGUCAAACAAUUGAUGGAAGCUGCUGAUGCAGAUGGAAAUGGGACUAUAGAUUACGAAGAAUUCAUCACUGCAACAGUGCACAUGAAUCGAAUGGACCGAGAAGAGCAUCUCUACACAGCAUUCCAGUUCUUUGACAAGGAUAACAGCGGUUACAUCACCAAGGAGGAACUCGAGCAAGCUCUCAAAGAGAAGGGAAUGUGCGAUGGGGAGGAAAUUAAGGACAUCAUUUCUGAAGCAGAUGCUGAUAAUGAUGGAAGAAUCAACUAUGAUGAGUUUGUGGCCAUGAUCAGAAAAGGAGAUCCUGAACCCAACCAGAAGAAGAGAAGAGAUGUGUUUGUUUGAACCGAGCAGAAAGACAACAAAUGAAGGAUCGGGUGAAACAGAUCACUGACUGCAUGUGGGAAGAGCUUCAACUUGUUGAUGAGUUAGAGAACAGCACUGUGCAAGCUAACUUCUGAUUUAGCUUUUAGUUAGAUGUGUCACUUCAUACGGAUUUUAGGGGUCAGUCAA